AUGGCGGAGGUUGGGAGCUUUCUAGGGACACUCGACUUGGAUUUACAGAGUUUCCCCGCACUAGGAAGUAUGCCCUUGGCAGAGGCGCCAGCGGGGUUACUGGAUGAGAGGCUGGGACAGAUUGAGGGGAGGUUACAGCGAGGCUCGCUGACAGAUUUCGAGCACCUUAAAGGGAUUCUGAGGCGGAGGCAGCUGUACUGUCGGACCGGCUUCCAGCUGGAGAUAUUCCCCAACGGGACCGUGUACGGGACAAGACAAGACCAUAGCAGAUUCGGUAUCCUAGAGUUCAUCAGUCUGGCUGUAGGGCUGGUCAGUAUUAGAGGAGUGGAUGCAGGACUCUACCUGGGCAUGAACGAGAGAGGAGAGCUCUAUGGGUCGAAGAAGUUAACAGCAGAGUGUGUGUUCAGAGAGCAGUUCGAAGAGAAUUGGUACAACACGUACUCCUCCACGCUCUACAAACACACGGACACCGGACGCUUCUACUACGUAGCGCUCAACAAGGACGGCUCGCCGCGGGAGGGGGGGAGGACUAAGAAACACCAGAAACUAACGCACUUCCUGCCUCGGCCUGUGGAGAUAGAGAAGAUCCCCCAGGCUUACAGAGAUCUGUUCCAAUACAGGUGACCAGGGAUGAGCCUGGGAGAGAGGGAUGAGGAGGAGGAAAGAGAGGAAGAGAGGUGGAUGUUUGGCACUAAGGACAGGACUCAGUACUCCCACUGACCUCGCUCCCACACCUCCAGCCUCACUCCCCCUGUGAAGGUGUUUAUAUGUAUUGCCCCUCCAGCCAAAAGGCCCCCCGUCCCGUUCUUCCGAGGACCACCGACCAGAGAGAUAAACAUAGCUUGUGUUCCUGGACGUUAACACUAUGAGAAGACUGUUUGACCUCAGAGGGGUCAGAGCA